CAAACGAGUUACUUUUAUUCGUAUAGUAUAAAAUAGGCGAGAACAAUUUAAAAUGUAUCACUCACUGUUCAUACACGACAGAGAAAACUAACAAAAUGUUCUCCAAAUUAGUGGCCCUUUGUGCGUUCGUGGCAGUUUCCCAGGCUGGUCUCUUGCCUGAGCCACACUACUCCCACGCCGAAGCCGUCUCAUCCCAAAGCAUCGUGCGUCACGAUGAACAGCCCUAUCACUCCGCCAAGUUGAUCGCCGCUCCCGUCGCCAAGCUGGCUGUCGCCGCCCCCGUCGCCUACCAUGCCGCCCCCGCUCCCGUUGUCUACCACCACGCCGCUCCUGCGCCCGUCGCCUACCACGCUGCUCCCGCCGUCCACUACGCCGCCCCCAUUGCUAAAGUCGUCGCUCACCACGAGGAAGAAAUCAGCAUUGUGCGCCACGACCAGCCCCAGGCCGUGACCCACAAGCUGGUGUCUGCCCCCGUCGCCUACCACGCCGCUCCCGCCCACGUCGCCUACCACGCCGCUCCCGCUCCCGUGACCUACCACGCUGCUCCCGCCCCCAUCGCCUACCAUGCUGCGCCUGCCGCCGUUCACUACGCCGCCCCCGUAGCUAAAGUUGUUGCCCACCACGAGGAAGAAAUUGCUCACCCCAAAUACGAGUACACUUACUCGGUGGCUGAUGGACACACCGGCGACAACAAGUCCCAGCAGGAGACCCGCGACGGAGAUGUCGUGAAGGGCUCUUACUCUUUCCACGAGGCUGACGGCUCCAUCCGCACCGUGGAGUACACCGCUGAUGACCACAACGGCUUCAACGCGGUGGUGCAUAACAACGCCCCCACGAACGCGCCUGCCGUCCUCAAGGCCGCUCCAGUCAUCGUCAAGACUGUGCCCGUCUACGCCGCUCCCACUUACUACCACUACUAAGCUACACAGUAAAAUUGAUACCAAAGAAGACAGAGUUGAAGCAGGAGUGUUUGUUGAAUAUUUAUUUAUUUCAUGCAAUACAUGAAAAGUGUCAAAAAUUAAA